AUGGCCGAUGUCCAACCGGACACUGUAGCCGAAGAGAACGGCGGAAAUGAAAAUAAAAAGAGCACCGUCGAGGUGAAGACCGAGCCGGAGACGUUCAGCUGGGACUCGUAUCUCAAAGAAUUUAACGCGACGGCCGCCCCGAGCCGCGCCUUCUACCAGUCCGAGGAGCCCCCUCGAAACGAUUUCGAAGUGGGCGCCCUGCUUACCGUACCAGAUGCUAAAGGAGGAAACAUGCCGUGCCUCGGGAGUGUCCAAGCGGUCAGCGGACGCUGGAUCUUUAUUCGAUUGGAGGGAACAGACAACUCAGAUGAUCACUGGGUGAUGUGCGACGAUACGGAAAUAGCCCCGAUUGGCGAGGAGACACUUCUCAAUCCGCCGGUCGGAUUCCGGAUCAGUUUGCGGACGUUUCACUCGUGGAAGGACAAGAUGUUAACUACACAUCAUUUGGCCAGGCCCGAAUGGUUUAGACCGAUCGACAAAAAAUUCCGACCGCCGAAAUGUCUUUUCGAGGAGGGGCAGAAGCUCGAGGUGAUGGACACAAAGAAUUUCUGCGGUCAGCCAUAUGUCGCGACAAUCGUGAAAGUCAGCCAGAAUGGCCAACUCCAAAUCCAUUUCGACGGCUGGGCAAGCAGCUACGACAUCGAGCAACACUUUCAAUCGCGUAAUCUAUUCCCGGUCGGAUGGAGUGCGAGGGCGGGACUUGAAGUGGCUGCAAUGAGUAUGCAUACAUUGAGGGCGGAAGCUCGGCGGACACAGGCAAAGAGUCAGAAGAAGACGCAGAGUGUAUCCCCAACUUCGAUUCCAACGCAAAAACCCAGCCCACAGCCAACCACACAGAAGAGACCGGCUGCACCUUCGAUGCAACGAUUGUCGGAUGUUGGGGCAAAUCCCACCAAUAGACCCGGAGUUCCGGCAAAGAUUAAGUGUGUAGCCCCUCGAGUUCCACCAGCCCGCCCAAGCGUCGAGAGCCGCAAAACCGAAACCCCCACCGAGGACGUCGAACAGGACGUGAAGCCUCCCCGCCAAAAGUCGGUUUCACCGGCUCUGGGACUUUUGAACCCCCGUCACAGCACAAUACCAAAGGCUCCGGAUGGAAAAGGAAUUCAGGCAGCUGAUGUGCUGCUGAGUUGUGGCGACUCUGUUCCGGUCAUCCAGCGAAGCAUGGUCGUCCAUAUCAAUCGGAAUUGUCAUCCGGGGCAAUAUUUGGAUCCGAAGAGGCUGGCAGAGCUGCCGAAAGCUAUUGGACCCUUAUCGAUUCAUCAUGUUGUUAGGGAGGCAACGCAACAGUUGAUCAACUGCGGCAUCGAGCAAGCCCUUGUCUACCGUCGAGUUGAGGCGGGAGCUGUCACAAUCCUCUCUGUCUCUGCCCAAGUCCAAGGCUUCACCCACGUUCGCUUCAUCCCCAUCGUCAAGAACGUCAGCGUCGCCUGGAACUACUUGCGGAAGUUGACGGCCAAGCUCGGUUGCUGUCCGAAUCUGUACUCAGAUUCUCCACUUCCCUGCACCCAAUGCCAGAGCAAAAAUAACGCCAAUGAGAAUCUGAAGGUCAAGGUCGAAGACACGAUUUUUGCAGAUACAACCGAAUCUCCCACCCCAAACCAGACCUCCCAGCCAUUCGUCGAAUGGUCCGUCGACAAAUUGCAAGAAGAAAUGAGGGGGAAAUUUGACGCAAAUAUUGUCGAGACGUUUAAGGAGCAUAUGAUCGACGGUCGUGCCUUGGCUUUGUUGAAUUUUGAGACGAUCAAAAAUCACAUGGACAUCCCGACGGGACCCGCGCUUAAGCUCGACGGCUACAUCAAAUCGCUGAAGGGCCAAUCUGCA